AUGGUUCAUUUUGAUCACGUCUACGGCACGCUCGGCGCCAACACGUUGACCAACAAAUUGUCUCGCAACGGCAAGAACAGUGUCAACAGUUCGUUCGAGAGCGAUUACCAGAAACCAGCGAAUCCUUCGGCAGCGACGACACGCUUCAGCCGCAAGUCCUCGACAGGAUCGACUACCACGUCGGAGAACGAGGACGGUCGUCAGUCUUCCUUCUCCUGCUCGUCGGGGGAGACCGAUUGGUUGGUGCAAUCGAUUGAGCAAGUCUGCCGCAAAACGCUCUUCAAACAAGUCCCUACAAACACAGUGAACGAGUUUGUUGCCACGGCAGCUGCUUGCCCCAAGCCGGAGAAGCUGCCCAGCCCCAUCCUCAAGCACAAAACGCCAGCCGUGGAGCCGAAGAAAAGCCCCGUGACCAGCACACCGAAACGCAACGCCAAAUCUCUCAUUCGGAGGUGUUCUCUUCGACUUCGACGAAGCGAUGAAAGCAAGAAGAAAAUGGUCCGCUUCGCAUCGGCCGAGGAUAUAUUCUCGGUGAGCGCUCGCGAGGACAUCGAAGCCGCCGCGGAGCUCUCGGCCACAGUGAAUUUCCGUGAGACGUUCCAUUUCAAACGCAACGAACUGAACUCCCCACAAAACGUGACCCCCUUGAGGUCGUCCGGUGAAAGUCACAUCUACGAUCCAGUUACGCCGAUUCAUCUCGAAACGCCCAAAAUUCCGAUCCGCCAACGGCCGAGCAUUCGCCAGGUGACGAAACGAUUGAACUUCGACGAGAGUUCAGAGAGCAGCCACAUUUACGCGACGACCUUCGACCAUCCGUACCCAGCCAACGUUCAGCUGGACGAGUCCCAUCCGCUUUCGCACUAUCUCCAGUGGAUUGUCGAGCAGAGCGACCUCAACGCGGCGCCUUCAGUGAAGAAAUGGCUGACUCACACCAGGACCCAGGUUGAGCCCGAGUGCCUCAGCGCACUGCAGAGCAAGAGCCUCACCAAGGAUCCGGUGCUCGCCGCAAUCCUGAGCGUCGGAGAUGCGCAAGCUGCGAUAUCGAGCCUACAGCAACGUCUGGGCGAGGUUCAAGCCACGGUCGGACACGUGACCCGCCGCCUCGAGCAGGGUCAAUGGGCGAAGUUCUGCUGGGAGGUUCCCGGACUCAACACUGAAGUGAACGAUUUCCUCCAGGAGUACCGCAGCAUCAUCGAGAAGUCAUCGCCGUACUCGCGUUCCGUGGAACGCCACAUGUACGAGACCCUCCAGAGGCUUCGUGACGUCGGAUCUCGACCGAACAGUAAACCUCAGACCCUCGCCGACUUUGAAGGAGUACAAUCUCUGAUGGCCGACGUGAAGAACACGUUACAAACGUUGGCCAACUCGCUGUUCCUGAAAGAAAUCGCCAAAAUCGUCGCCGUCAUCGAGGACAACAAACGCCAUAAACGAGCCGCUCUCGGAUGUUCCCGGAGAGCUGCUGCGGCUCUAUGUACUCUCGCGCAGGAGUCGGCUUCGAUGUGCGAUCUCAUUAGCAGAGUUAACGGAGUCGAAGCUCUUCUCGCGAUUUGCGAAAUUCGCGAACUCCGCGCCGUCUGGCCCACGGCCUUGCGGGCCCUCACUCUGCUCUGUUCGCAAACCGCGGCCACUCGAGCGUUCGAUCAAUGCGCCGGUGUUCUCGUGAUCCGCGACAUUCUACAAGAUAGAAACUCGACGGAGCAGGAGAAAACCGAGGCUGUGGGUCUCCUCACCCAGAUUACGGCGCCUUGGACCGAAACGCCCGUCAUUCGGGGCAUGAAAGAAUCCAUGGAUCAGCUCAUCAAAUCGCUGAGUGAAAUCAUGAACCGAGCCGCGAACGGCGAGGAGUUCCUCCUGGCGACGGCUGCCAUCGCCAACCUCUCGUUCCUGGACCCGGUCGCGGUAGCGUAUCUCCAUAAGUACGGAACUACCCGGAACCUCGUCAUGGCGUGCAGGCACAAGUCUAUCGCCCAGAGUGUGUUUGUCAAGGAUCAGAUCGCCACCGUCCUGGCGAAUGUCGCUUCGGAGAAAGCCUGCCAUCGGGACGUUGUCGAAUGCGGAGGUCUCACCGUGCUCCUGUCGUUGCUGCAGCUCCGGCCGAACGCUCUGCAGAAACAGGUCGAGAUCGAUAUUUGCGAGCGGAUCCAACAAAAGUCGGCCAUCGCUCUCGCGCGUCUGUGCAACUCACCGAUGGUCGCAGAACGCGUCAUACAAAUGCAGGGAGUGCAUCGGCUCGUCGCGCUCUGCAAGGAGCCCAAGGAACGCAACAACGCCGACUCGGUCCUCGUUGCCUGCCUGGCGGCCUUGCGGAAAAUCGCCGCCGUCUGCAGUCCUCUCGACAUGGAGGCCAUUGGGGCCUGCGAUCUCGUCAGUCAAGAACUCUGGGAUACGUUCCAGAUGUACUCGAGCAAGACCGAGUCGUACGUUUAGUAUUCUCCUUGUUCCUGGUAGUGGAUUUUUCAAAUGUUGUCAAUCUCAACUGUUGGGGGUUUAAUUUACAUUUUAUUCUGUUCCACUCGUCCCGAAACCCGCUCGCGCGGAGUCGGAGUGUCUUCUGCCGCCAACAGCUCAAACCGUGAAACACUCUAGUCAUGAGAUACGGAAGAGAACAUGUUUCGGUCGCUUGAGCUAGCUGAAAUAGCGAAAAGCGAACCGAUAUGUAAUGUAUUGUAAAUAUACGCUAAUAUAUUACCAAAGAUGGUGUGGAUACGCAUACGGAGCAGCGAUUGAUGUCAAACGCUAAGUC